CAGUCGUCCAGUACGGUCUCUAGUAUCUUCUCCGCGGAAUUAUUCGGAGGCGACGGCAACGGCCUGUUCAUCAUCGUCAACGUCAUGACUUCUCCCCUGCCGUCCCCUAAUUGGGCGAACCCACAUCUUUUGUGUGCGACAAUAUCCAAAGGCACCGCUCCUCUGUCUUUCUCUUUCUUUUAAAAGGCAGCAUAUGCGUGCGGGAUAAACGUUCAGCAAGCUGCGAAAGGAAAUGGGUACCUCUCCCCUUCUCUUCUCCCAUGGAAGAUGGCAGAUGAUUCCUUAGCCAUCUGCUUAUCGAAUCGCAUAUGUUCGAUACCUGAUCAUCACGGGCUUUUAGUGAUCCCAACUUGGUGGAAAUCAAUAUUCAUAUCCGAUCGGUCGAGUUUCAUGAGAUGUGGCUCCGGUUGGUGGCCAACAGGCUUCUUCCAAAGAGAUUCGGAAGCCAAAAGUUCAUAUCUGAUGAUCAUGCGGACGAAGAUCAGGACGGGGAAACGGACGCUGAGGUGGGAACUCUCAAACAACGCCCGGCGUCUCGAAGCCUGCUCUUUCCGGUUAUGUCGGAGACCAUCACCAUAGAUCGUCUAUUCACUGAAGAAUACAGGAUUUUCGUGAGCACAUGGAAUGUUGGAGGGAUUCCACCUCCGGAAGAUCUAAAUCUUGAAGACUGGCUCGAUACAGGCAGUAAAUCCUAUGAUAUCUACAUUCUAGGGUUCCAAGAAGUAGUCCCGCUCAAUGCUGGCAACGUUCUAGGUUCAGAGAAUCCAAGCAUUUGCAUGAAAUGGAACAGUUUGAUAAGGACAGCACUCAACAGGAACGACUAUUCAUCAAAUAGGGCGUCUCCCCAAGAGCAGAAGUCGUCUUCCCCGGGGGAGAGACAGAAGGUCUACCCUGUCAACAAGGAGCAGCAGCCGUUCGGUAGCAUUAAUUACAGCAUGGAGAAAGAAUUCGAAGGAAGAAGCAUGAGGAGCAAGAAGGGGGAGUUCCAGUGCUUGAUGAGCAAGCAGAUGGUGGGAAUCAUGGUGACUGCGUGGGUGAGAAGGAGGCUCCGCAGACUCAUCCGCCAUCCCAGCGUCUCCUGCGUUGGUUGUGGGCUCAUGGGUUGCUUGGGUAACAAGGGAUCCGUCUCGGUCCGGUUCCUUCUAAACGGGACGAGUUUCUGUUUCGUGUGCACUCAUCUUGCUUCAGGGGAGAAGGAAGGAGAUGAAAGCCACAGGAAUUGGGGUGUCUCCCAGAUCAUGUCGAGAACCAGAUUCCCGGCCGGACCUUCCAUGGAUUUGCCCCGCACCAUUCUCAGCCAUGAUCGGAUCAUUUGGCUGGGAGAUUUAAAUUAUCGAAUCUCACUACCCGAUCCCGAGACCAGAUCACUUGUAGAGAGGCAUGAAUGGGACACCUUGCAUGAAAAUGACCAACUGAGGGUGGAGCUGUGUGAGGGUGGAGUGUUCGAGGGUUGGCAGGAAGGAAACAUCGGCUUUGCUCCCACCUACAAAUACUCCCCUGAUUCUGACCAGUACCAUGGAUGGCGGCAACAAUCUGCAAUCGGGGAGAAGAAGCGGGCUCCUGCAUGGUGCGACAGAAUACUGUGGUAUGGGAAGGGCAUAAAGCAGAACAGGUACGAGAGAGGUGAGAGCAAGCUUUCCGAUCACCGGCCGGUUCGUGCAACUUUCACUGUAAUCACGGACAUCAUCAACAGCAUUAAACUCAUGGAGAGAUGCUUCUCCUCAGAAAGAUAUGAAAAUUUAGAUAUUGAUCGAUUAAUCUAGGUUCUUUUUGGGCCUCUUUCUUAUUUGUAACAGCAAGGGGUGGAGGUGCGACAUAUUUGUAUGUUUGUAAAAAAAAAAUAUAUGAUAUUAAAAUGAAAUUUUCCUUCCUCA